AUGGAUGUUGUAUGCAGCGGAUUUGUUCUUCUCAUGAUACUGCCUAUCGCACCAGUAGCAAUAGCAGGAGCAGCAAAGGAGUCUGCUGUGAAUUUAUUGGAAGCUGAAGCACUGCGCAAGAGUGGCUGGUGGGGAGACAAUACUACUGCAACAAACGUUUCUGCCUACUGCCAGUGGCCUGGUAUCAUUUGCAACGAUGCUGGUAGUGUUACCGACAUACUACUUCCAAACUACGGAACUCUAGAUGAGUUGACAAAUUUCAGCUUCUCUUCUUUUCGGAACCUGGUUAGACUAGAUCUCAGUGGAAAUGAACUUUACGGAGUCAUCCCACAACAAAUAGGUGCACUCUCCAAACUCACCUAUCUCAAUUUAUCUUCUAACCAUCUUCGAGGUGAGCUUCCUUCUUCUCUGAUAAACCUCACACAUCUAGCACAACUCGAUGUUUCUGUCAACUGGAUUGACAGCUUAAUUCCUCCGGGUAUUGGAAACUUGACGAGCUUGGUUGCUCUAGAUUUGAGCCACAAUUAUUUUGAGGGUUCCAUCCCUCCAACUCUUGGACAAUUGUCCAAUCUAAACUCCCUUGACCUCAGUAAUAAUAUCCUCAAAGGAACAAUUCCCUCAGCUCUUUGUCGUUUGACAAAUCUUUCCCAGUUAGACAUUAGCUUCAACUACAAUGUUGGAGGAUCUCUCCCAGAAGAAAUAGGACAGUUAAAGAGUUUAAUAGAGUUAAAAUUGAGUAGCAAUCAAUUUUAUGGUAGCAUCCCUCCCACUCUCGGUCACUUGUCCAAAUUAACCUCCCUCGAUCUCAGGGGCAAUGAACUUUACGGAGCCAUCCCACAUCAAAUAGGUGCACUCUCCAAACUCACCUAUUUCAUUUUGUCUUCCAAUGGACUUGAAGGUGAGCUCCCGUCUUCUCUGGAAAACCUGACACAACUAGCACAACUCGAUGUUUCUUCGAACUGGAUUGAAAGCUUAAUUCCUCCAGAUAUCGGAAACUUGACAAAUUUGGUUACUCUAGACUUGGGCCAGAAUUCUUUUGGGGGUCCCAUCCCUCCAACUCUUGGCCAAUUGUCUAACCUUGACUCCCUUGACCUCAACAAUAACCACUUCAAUGGGACAAUUCCUUUAGCUCUUUUUAAUUUGACAAAUCUUUUCCGACUAUACAUACACUCGAAUCCCGCAAUGGGAGGAGUUCUCCCAGAAGAAAUAGGAAAUUUGAAGAGUUUAGUUGAAUUAGACUUGAGUAACAGUAGAUUUUCUGGCAGCAUCCCUUCAACUCUUGGCCAAUUGUCCAACCUUGACUCCCUUGACCUCAGCAAUAACCAUUUCAAUGGGACAAUUCCUUCAGCUCUUUUUAAUUUGACAAAUCUUUCCCGACUAUACAUUCACUCAAAUCCCUCAAUGGGAGGAUUUCUCCCAAAAGAAAUAGGAAAUUUGAAGAGUUUAUUUGAAUUAGACUUCAGUGACCUUCAUCUUUCAGGUGCCCUUCCUUCAGGUCUUUGCGGCCUAACCAAACUAGCAUUUCUUUCAGGUGCUGAGAAUCAAAUUUAUGGUUCCAUUCCCUCUGAAAUAGGAAAUUUGAAAAAUUUGGAAUAUCUUUUCCUUGGGUCCAACCGGCUAACUGGUCAAAUCCCUCCGACCCUUGGCAAUCUGUCUGCUCUAGUUAAUUUGAACCUCUCUUCUAACCAAAUAAGUGGUUCCAUACCUCUUGGACUUGUCAAUUUGCCUUCUCCAGCAAUUCUAGAUCUUUCCUCAAACCAACUUACAGGCCCAAUUCCUACCCAAUUUGGGGAUGACAUUCUUAAAUCGGAGUGGUACCUUUGGACCUUGAAUCUUUCCCACAAUAUUCUCUCUGGCACUGUCCCCUCCUCUCUUCUGCGACUGGGCAACGUCGACCUGUCCUAUAAUGCUUUGGAAGGUGAACUUCCGUGCGAGCUUGUCAUUGAGUUUGGUUUAGAAAGAUUUGCCGGCAAUCCAGACUUGCGUCACGAUUCCACUCUUUGUGGAGUAUCUCCUUCUGUUAUGGGAAAUCACACUCCUGUUGUUGUGGGAAAUCAUAGACAUCGCACCCUAUACUACAUCAUAGGUCUUGGCGUAACCUUGUUGGUGUUCGCAAUAACUGGCGGAUUAGUAAUUUAUAUCCGCUGCUUCAAGAAAGUUAAAGUCGAGCUCAUGGACAAUAAACAUGGAGACAUUUUCAGAAUAUGGAACUAUGAUGGACAUAUGGCUUACAAAGACAUAAUUAAAGCAACCAACGAUUUUGAUGUCUGUUAUUGCAUCGGGACAGGGGGGUAUGGCUCUGUAUACAGAGCACGGUUGCCAAGUGGGAAAGUAGUGGCUUUGAAAAAGCUUCACCGUCUGGAAGGCGAGAAUCCAAAUUUUGACAAGAGCUUUAGGAAUGAAGCCGACAUGCUUUCUAAAAUCAGGCACAGGAACAUUGUAAAGCUCUUCGGAUUCUGUCUGCACAAGCGAUGCAUGUUUCUGAUUUAUGAGUAUAUGGACAGAGGAAGCUUGUUUUGUAUCUUGAGAGAUGAAACUGAAGCUGUGGAGCUGGAUUGGAUUAAAAGAGUGAAUUUGAUCAAGGGCAUUGCCGGUGCAUUGUCCUACUUGCAUCAUCAUUGUGAUCCGCCAAUCAUUCACAGGGAUGUAUCAAGCAACAACAUUCUUUUGAAUUCACAGCUCGAAGCAACUCUUUCUGACUUUGGAACAGCGAGGAUUUUGGAACUUGAUUCAUCAAAUCAAACGGUCAUUGCAGGCACCUUUGGUUACAUGGCACCAGAGCUAGCCUAUACCAUGGUGGUCACUGAAAAGUCAGAUGUGUAUAGCUUUGGCGUUGUGGUGCUGGAAACGCUGUUUGGAGAGCAUCCACGAGAAUUCCUUUCUUGCAUAUCAUCACAACCCAAUGAACCAAUAAUGCUGAAGGAUCUUCUAGAUGCCCGUCUACUCCCUCCGACUAACCCUUUUGUGGUUCGAAAUGUGGUUCUCGCAACAGCGUUAGCCCUGGAUUGCAUCAACGCAAACCCGAAAUGUCGACCAACAAUGCAGCAAGUGGUGAACCGAUUUGAAGAGGGCAGGCGAGAACCAACUAGGCCUUUGCACACCAUUGCUGUGAAUCAGCUUGUUAGUCCUCCAGAACUUUCACUGCCUGACCAAACCUACACAGUAGUUUAAGCACCACGAAUGGCUUUCGUGUGGAUAUCUCUACCGUCAUCCAAUAUUUACACCAAAGGAGAAAUUGAAUUUGCUUGCUGUCUUUA